AUGGCAUCGCCCGGCAAGCUCAUCAAACCUCACCCCACCAGCUCCAAAACCUUCUACCAAACUCCUUCGCCCUACGAACGGCGGAUCGGCUACUACCGCGGCGUUCGCCAUGGCAAUCACAUCUUUAUCUCCGGCACCACGGCCGUUGAUCAAACCUCACCUCCUUCGGCGCCGCAGAUCCUACAUCCAGGUGACGCUGCGGCUCAAAUGCGCGUCGCGCUGGGCGAAUGUCUUCGUGCUGUGGAGGAGCUAUCUGGGAAUAAAGGGCGGGCAGAAGAGAGUGUGGUCCGGGUUCGGAUGUAUGUGAGCAGAAAGGAAGAUGCGCCGGGAGUGAUGGAGGCAUAUAGGGAGAUGUUGGGCUCUGGGAGGGCUGGACGUGGGCAGGAGGGCGAUCAGGUUGGUGCAGCGGCGACCUUGAUUGUGGUGCAGAAUGGGUUUGUAAGUGAUGACAUGCUGGUCGAGGUGGAGGUCGACGCAAUAGUGGAUGAGCAGUGA